CAUCAUAAUCAGUAAUUAAAACAUUCAUUACCCUGCAUAAUUAGCAUAUCGUGAAUUUUAGAUACAGUGGGGUUGUGUCAAUUUGAAAUGGUUGCUGGACCUUUUCAUAUAAAAAAAAUAUUACUAAAACUUUUUGUUAAGAAAUUCAACGUCUAAUUAAAUGAAGUAGCACGGAAUAUAGUGAUGGGAACAGUUCAUUGUAUUACAUGUGUACAAAGUGUGCUCUUCCUUGCUUUGCAAGGGGUGUUUUGAAGCCUGAUGGGAAUUUUUCGCUUUCUGUUUCUCAUAAUCAUCCUCAGGAUUUUGCUGAAAAUCAAUUAUUUUACUUCCGGCGAGAGUUAAGACAGUCUGUGGGUAGGAGUACUAGCUCUUGUAAAGAUAUUUACGAAAGUAUUCGUUUAUUAUAUCCUGAAGCGGCUAAUUUACUGCCAUUUACUGCUGUUGAAUCAGCUAUGUUUAGGUGGAGAAGAACUUGUAGACCCCCAUAUCCUAACACUUUGCAAGAAUAUUAUGACUUGCUAAUAUCAGAAAAGUGGUGUAAUCGAUUGACAUACGAUCGUGGCGCUCUUCAAUGCUACUUCUUAAAGCCUUCAGAAAAUGUUGAAAUAUUGUUGUUUUACAAUCCCACUUAUGUUGAGCCUUUAUUAUCAAAUUGUGAAAUGAACGUUGAUGCAACAUUCAAAUGUGUGCCAUGCAAUGUUGGACUUUCAACGCGCAGUGCGCAGUGUUUUACCAUAAUGGUGACAAUACAUAAUCAUUCGAUACCAUGUAUCUGGGCACUCAUGAGCAAACGUACUGCUGAAGCGUAUGUAACACUGUUUCAACAUUUAAAAAGUAAUUUCCCCAGCAUGACCGCUACACAAAUAAUGUGUGACUAUGAAAGAGCAUUAUAUCAAUCGUUGAUGGAGAUUUUUCCUGAGUCUGAAAUUCAUGGAUGCUUUUUUCAUUUUUGCCAGGCAAUUUAUCGUCAAUCAAAAAAGUUAGGAUUGGGAUCGCUAGUGACUCAAAAUGAACAUGCUCAAUUUGUAUUAAGGAAAAUAAUGGCAUUAGCGUUAUUACCAUGUGAUAUGGCCGUAGAAGGAUUUAAUUUAAUUAAAUCUGAAGCCCCUGACGAUAUUCGUAAUGCAUUUAGUAAUUUUUUUACUUAUGUGGAAUCCACUUGGUUGGAAGGGGUUACACCACAACUUUUUAGUGUGUUCAAUUUAGUUAGACGGACUAAUAAUGCAGUUGAAGCAUAUCAUCGAGUUCUAAAUCAGAAGUUUGGUGUUCAUCCAAAUGUGUGGGCUUUUACAGAGCACCUGGUACAACUUCAAUCAAAAUCACACAAUGAUGUAAUAAUUCUUCACUCUGGUCAAAGGGUAACUAGACUGCCUAAAGUUAGAUACCUACUAAAUGCUGCCAAUAUUUCACGAGCGUGGCGUGAACUGCAAAAUCAACAAAUAUCAUUGUCUGAAUUCUUAGAAAACGCUAAGUACUUUGUCAGUUCACUAGUUCGAACAUUGUUAAGUAAUGAUAAUAGCAGACAUAAUGAUGAUUUAAAUGAUGUACUUCUCAUUGACGGUGCACGCAUAGUCGAAACAAGAAUAGAGAACGCUAUUGUGGAUACAAUGAGAACUGCAAAUGUUAACAAUGCAUCGGAAAGUAACUCAAGAGAUGACAAUUUACAUACAAAUCGACCUACAACACGAUUAAGAACAGCUACAAUUGCAAAUAAUGAAUCUGAAACUAUUAGUUUAAGUAAUACCAAUCGUUCUAGGCGAACACGUCCUAGUAGACCUCUCACACGCAGGGUUAGUCAACGUAGAACGCGACGCAGGACUAGUGUUUCAACUUUAGUCAGCAAUAAUGGCAAUGCUGAUACCUCAACUUUUGCACAAACAACAGUUCAGGCCAGUGUCACAAGAGUUACACCAGAGGAAGAUGCGGAAAUUAUGGAGUUUGUCGUGUUAUACGAAAAACACCAAAAUGGAAGCCAACUGCUCCAAGAAUUUUUGUACGUUGCUGUCUGUAUGCGUAAAUAA